AUGAAAUUUACUCUUCCAUCUUGUUUGUUGGUCAUUGUAUUCACCAAGCUAUUCGACUGUCAGAACACUUGUGGACGUAUAAAAGAUGUCAAAUAUGAAAAGAUAAUUUCUCAAAAUACUUCAUACAGUUAUUCUGAUCAUUAUGAAUAUUUUCAAAGAAUUCAACUUGAUCAACCCAAUCCUAUUGAAAGUGAAACUUUUGUCAAGAGUGAAAUCUCUUCUGAAAUGGUUGAACCUAAAUUCCAUUUUAAAUAUUACGGUAAAUCAGUCGAUGGAUUGACAAUGAUUGAUUCUGACAAAUUAUUCGCUGUCAAAUGGUCACUUCAGAAGAAUGCAAAUUCUGGUGAUGUAACAGGUCAAGUAACUUAUCUGAUAUAUCCGAAUGGGAAGAUGUCUAUUUAUUUUGAGAAUAUACCCAAGGAAACUGAUGAAAGCAAUUUACAGUCGUGGAUUGAUUAUCGACACCAUUGUAUAGAUGAUACAACGAACAAGUCCAUGUUAGAAUCGUACAAUCGAAUUAACGUUCCAGUAAACUUGAUCAAACAUCGUACUUUGGUGGAGUUUGAACCGAAUACAGAAACGUGUUACAUUAAAGAUUCACAAGAAACAUGUCUAUCUGCAUCUAAACCGAAUAUGACAUGUUAUUGGUGUUCAAAUGCUAGUACGUGUACCAAUGGUCUUGAUACACAUAUUAAUCAUUGGCUGGAAAGUGAUUGUCAUACCACUAAAUCAUCUGCUUACUUAUAUGCAUUGAUACCAUUAGUUAUAUGUUUCCUGAUUGUAUGUGUUGGAUUUGUCAUAUGGUUUAAAUUAUCUAAAUGA